GCAUUCGGCACUGUGAUGGAAACGCCACGGGUACCGCAGGUGACCAUCACCCCAGAUGGGAGCGGCUUCUCGCGGGCGAUGCAGCAGGAAGACUGGGGGCAAGGCGAGACGGGAGACGGCAGCCUAAGUAGAAAGCUGUCCACCUCCUCAGUCUCGUCCACCGGUUCCUCUGCAGUGGAAUCGGAGGAUGACCUGCUCAGCGACAACGAGAGUAAAAGCAAAGGCAUUGUCACUCUGGAACCUCUGCUGGACACCGGAGAGCAACACAAGCCAUGGUGGAAGUUGAAAACCAUGGUCCAAUGGCCCUUCAGUGCCAUCCAGAAAAGAAAGGUAAACUGGGUGCAGCUCGCAGGGCAUCAAGGCAACUUCAAAGCAGCAGACGAGGGCAGCAUUCUGAAGAAAUUUUCCGAUAAUGAGGUGCAGUGUUUUGAGAAGCUGAAAGGCGACGUGCUGCUGCCAUAUGUGCCUCUUUAUCAUGGCGUGGUGGAGAGAGAUGGCGAGUCUUUCAUACACAUGGCUGACCUGCUGGCACCUUUUGACCUUCCAAAUGUCAUGGAUUGCAAGAUGGGUGUCAGAACCUACUUGGAGGACGAACUGGUUCGCGCACGGGAGCGGCCCAAGCCCAGGGAGGACCUUUACAACAAGAUGGUGGAGGUGGAUAAAGAAGGCCCGACUGCCCAGGAACACGCUCAACGUGGAGUCACCAAACCUCGCUACAUGCAGUGGAGGGAAAGCAUGAGCUCCAGCAGCACCAUGGGCUUCAGGAUAGAUGGCAUCAAGAAAUGUGACGGCACCUGUCGUACCGACUUCAAGAAAACCAGGUCGGAGCAGGAUGUCAUGGAGGAGUUCAAGGGUUUCGUCGAAGGCGACGUCAACUUUAUAAAGUCUUACCUGACAAGACUGCUGGCGAUCCAACAGGCGCUGAAAACAUCAGAAUUCUUCAAGCAACAUGAGGUCAUCGGCAGCUCUCUGCUUUUCAUCCACGACCACACGGGAAAAGCUCAGGUGUGGAUCAUUGACUUUGGCAAAACCACCGCGUUGCCGGAGGGCCACGUGUUGAAGCAUGACGUUGAUUGGCGAGAGGGCAACCGCGAGGAUGGUUACCUUUUGGGUCUGCAGAAUCUCAUUCGCAUCAUGGAGGUUAUGAGCAGUCAAUGA